AUGCAAGCGGUAAAUACAGAAAUUUACAAACGACUUGAUUCGGAGGUGGCGUUAAUUCGUGCUAUUGCUGAUUAUCUUAUUAGUUCGGGUGGUAAACGAUUAAGACCUACCUUGUUGAUUUUAAUGGCCAACGCACUCGGAUAUCAGGGCAACCAUCAUCGCAUAUUGGCUGCCGUGAUUGAAUUUAUUCAUACCUCGACUUUGUUGCAUGAUGAUGUGGUUGACGAAUCCGAUUUACGUCGAGGGCGCGAGACCGCCAAUGUCGCAUUUGGUAAUGCGGCCAGUGUGUUGGUGGGGGACUAUCUUUAUUCUCGUUCUUUUGAAAUGAUGGUUGAAGUGGAGUCUAUGCGGAUUAUGCAGGUUAUCUCUCAGGCAACGACCGUGAUUGCGGAGGGAGAAGUGCUUCAGUUAAUGAAUCUGCAUGAUGUUGACGUGACAGAAUCACGUUAUAUGCAGGUGAUUCGUUAUAAAACGGCCAAAUUGUUUGAAGUGGCAACGCAGGUUGCCGCGAUUUUGGCAGAGGUAGAAAAGCCCGUCGAAGAGGCUGUUAAAGCCUAUGGUCGUCAUAUUGGGACGGCUUUUCAAUUGGUGGAUGAUGUCUUGGACUAUUCUGGGAAUUGUGUCAGUUUGGGGAAAAAUUUGGGAGACGACCUUAAAGAGGGCAAGCCUACUUUGCCUUUAAUCCGCCUAUUGGAUGUGGGAACCGUAGAACAACAAGCCUUGAUUCGUCAUGCCAUCAAAACAGGGGAAGCCGAUUUUGAAGCCGUCGCUCAAGUCAUUCAAUCUUCAGAUGCAUUGGAUUAUGCCAUGGGUAAAGCACGUCAAGAAGUAAAACUGGCACAAGCCGCCUUAGCGUGUUUGCCUGAGUCUGUCUAUAAAGAUGCCUUAAUGCGUGUAGGACAGUUUGCCUUAGAAAGGACAGUUUAA